CUACACAGCACGUUACAAGUUGAGUUGUGAAGAUGAAAGCUGCCUACCUCUGUGCCUGGUCCUGACCAUAGCCGUGGUUCAGGGAAACCCCCGAGUGAAGCGAGAUGCCGCUGAUCCGCAAAACAACGAGCUCGCGAGAGGAGAGUUCCUGUCCGAUCUUGCGAAUUUGUAUUCUCUUGUAAAGCGCGGCGGCCCCCUGGAUAGCCCAAUGCACGAUAAAGGGCUGAAAGCCGCACUGGCCGUACGCGAGUUUCGGGAGACCCUUGAAGCUUGGGACGUAAGGAAGGAAGCUCAAGACCGGAGGGAGAGCGUCUUGUCCGAUCUGCAAGAGACCGUCGGCUACAAGAAGCAAGUCGCCCGCGAAGGGGAAGCAAGCAAGACCGGGUUGAAGGCACGAGAGAGCCGCUUCCUGAAUGACCUCCAGGAAACAAUGCAGUUUAUCCGAGAAAAAGAUCUAGAUGCCUGACCUCAAGAAAGCAGGUGAAGAAGCCCACGAGUUUCUGAAAUGGCCAAGCUUAGAAGAUGAAUCAGGGCAAAAAUUGAAGAAUAUUAAUGAAAGGAAGAUCUCUGAAAAAUCAUAGUCUUGCCCCGUAGUUGUAGGGCCGAUGUUAGUGGCAUUAACAUUUGUUUCGGGGUGUUUGUUUUUUUCAUUGUUUGACUGGUAAAGGGUUAUGGAGACAAACAUUUUUUAACAAUGAAAUUUGUAGUC